CAGAGUCCUCCGCGCCAUCGGGACGCCAUGAGCCUGCAGGGGGCUGCGAGAGCCGGAAGCAUGUCGGUUACCUUGUCCCGAGCCUGCAGUGAGCGGCUAGAUUCAUGAAAAAGAACCUGGAACGGCCCUCCCCGGGGCUAAGUUGGUAUCAGUACAUGUCGUGGGGCCAGAGAAGAUAGAGGCAGGUAUUCCAGGGAUGUAGCUAUUCUGCAAAUCUGAGGACUCGGCUUCGGGAAGGGCUGUGGGCAAGCGUUUGAGGACUGUCGCUCUUCUCCCGGGCCGACGCGGGAUAUCCCGGAGACCCCGGAGAGGCUGCCACUCUGAUGUCUGGAGAAACAGGCCCUAAGCCCAGACUGGCUAUGAAGAGUGACUCCUCGACCCCUGCAGCCCCCCUUAAGGGGCUCGGGGCGCCUCUCAGGAGCAGCGAGCCUGUACGCGUCGCCCCGCCUCCGUCGACAGCCGUGGUUCUGCUAGAGGAGGCUGCAGACCUCUUGGUGGUGCACCUGGACUUCCGGGCGGCACUGCAGACCUGCGAACGCGCCUGGCGGAGCUUGGCCAAAGAUGAUGCGGGCACUUCCUUGGAGGUGAAAUGCUCCCUGUGUGUUGUGGGGAUCCAGGCCCUGGCAGAAAUGAAUCGGUGGCAGGAAGUCCUGUCCUGGGUUCUUCAGUAUUACCAGGUCCCUGAAAAGCUACCUUCCAAAGUCCUGGAACUAUGUGUUCUUUUAUACAGCAAAAUGCAAGAGCCUGGAGCUGUGCUGGAAGUGGUCAGUGCCUGGCUGCAAGACCUUGACAAUCAGGGCCUUCCAGAAUACAGAGCUUUGGCAGAACUUCACCUGUACCGAGUGCUGCUGCCUCUGGGCUGCUUGUCGGAGGCUGAGGAGCUAGUGGUGGGUUGUGCAGCCUUCAGUGAGGAAGAGCGGCUGGACUUACUCCAGGCCAUUAGUAAAGCAAGGCAACAGCAGAAACACCAACACUCGGGCACUGAGGAGGCCCAGAAGCUAAACCAGGAAGGCUCCUUCUCCCACAAGUUCCUGUCACUAAUGAUACUGCUUCGCCGGCUUUGGGAUUCUGCAGUGAGCCACUUCUUCUCCAUGCCCUUCAAAAAGAGCCUCUUGGCUGCCUUGAUCCUCUGCCUCUUGGUGGUAAGGUUUGAUCCAGCUUCUCCUUCUUCUUUGCCCUGCCUCUACAAGCUGGCUCAGCUCUUCCAUCGGAUCCAAGAGGCCAUGUUUUCUCUCUACCGGCUUCCUAUCCACGAUUGAGUGACUUUUCCCAUUCCACUCAACCUCUAUACUCCCCAGGUCUGCCAUGACAGAAGCAGAGUAACUCAUCCAUGGUGGCCCUCCUAUUGCUGGCUGUGGCCCCACAGGGGUGGGGCCAGCCCCAAUUCUAGAAAGAGUUGAUCCAGUCUGGUGAACUAUGUUUUGCUGCCCGAGUGUUCUCCCCUUUGCACCCUAGUUUGGCUGGUGUUGGUAGGUAAUGCGGGAACAAAGUAGGGCCAGGGAGCACGAGUCCUCUGGAAUAAUACUCCCUUAUACCAAAGGCCCCUUCUAAAGGAGGGGUUUGGGAAAGGAGAGUAUAUCCAUGAAAUAUUCCAUCUUCUUGGUAAAAGCAAGGGAUUGGUUUUUUAGGUCAGAGUGUAAUGAAGCUGGAAGUUCAGAAAACUCUGAUGGAAUGACCUUGGCCUUUCACUUGUGUGGAAAACUUAACCUCUGAAAAUUGUCUCACAGGUCAGGCCCUUAGUUAGGCAGAGUGAAGAUCUGAGAGGGCCACUUAUUUCUCUUCUCUGCUCUUCUCCACCAGAUCUGUGGAGAGGAGCAUAGAGAAGUUAUUUAUCAAUAUACCAUUCCUGUGGUUUCGCAGUAGGCUUGAAGCUGCUUGGGUCCUCUCUUUUCAUACCAGGACGUGGCUUUCAGAACCACCCAGGUAACUGUUGACAGCAAAGUAAGGCUACUCCGCUCUUCUCACUGGGUAAAGUGAUCUUGUUUGGUGCUUCUUGGGCUUCAGCUCAAUUUUCCAGGUUGUCAGUGGCCAAGUCCUGCUCUAUUACACACUCAGUAUUCCUGUGUUCUCUUUCUUCCUUUUAGUUCCUUCUCCCUGCUCUGCAAUGGUAUUUUUAUACUUUGUUUGAUGGCUGUCUAACCAGGUUCUGCCUACCCCCUUGGUAUAUACCAUUGCUGGUUCCUCUCCCCUCUUUCUGGGUCCUGUUGUUCUAGUUAUAGUCUAUUCUUUGUAUAAUGUGCAAAUUUUUCUGCUUGUGUGGCCUUGAAAAGUAGGUCAGCCUUAGAGGCUGAUGAGCUGAAAAUGGAACUGGGUAAUCAGGUGAGCUGGAAGGGAUGUAUGGAGGGAGUUGGCCAGAGGGGAGAUACGGGUUUUGAAGGCAAUGAACAAUUCAUUGUUAGGAGGAGGAGGACACAUUGGGGCCAUAGCGUUUGGGUAUUUGAAAUGUUUCAGCGUUUUCUGUCACCAGCCACAAGAAUCUUAGAAGUUUCUGUGCAAAUAAAUGUAAAACACUACUAUGCUGUCGGAAUUGUAAAAGGAUUCCAGCAGGGGCUAGCCUUUUUGAGGCUGAAGGCCAAGCAAACUGCCCCCUGCUGGGUCUUCAGGCGGUGUUGAUGCCAGGAAUAGAGGAGAUGCUUAGUAGUUUCCGAGAGGCGGUUUUUCAGGCCUUCCAAGUCAACAGUUUGUCUUUAGUAAAGCGGGUGGGAAAAAUAAAACCCAAACGCCUUUGGGAGGUGAAUCCCUAGGGCGUAGUCCACCUCUGUAGGAAACAAAUCUGUAUUUUUACAUACGGACUUUUUUUUUUUUUUUUUAAAGAUUUAUUUAUUUAUUUGACAGACAGAGAU